AUGAAGUAUAAGAAGAGAGACUACGUGACUUCUGCGGGUAAGCCCUCAAAGGCAGUGGUUUCCACCUGCUUCUCUUGGGAGCAGAGCCGUCAGAAGCCCAACCACCCUGAGGCCACCAUGCUGAAGAAGCCCCAGGUGGGCACUCCCGAUGACAGCCCGCAUCACCCGCCAGCCAGGCGAGCGGUGCGCCGGAGCCCCGGGCCCGUGCUGGCGCGCCUCGAGGGCCGCGAGUUCGAGUUCCUCAUGCGGCAGCCCAGCGUCACCAUCGGCCGCAACUCGUCGCAGGGCUCGGUGGACCUGAGCAUGGGCCUGUCGAGCUUCAUCUCCAGGCGCCACCUGCAGCUCUCCUUCCAGGAGCCGUACUUCUACCUGCGCUGCCUCGGCAAGAACGGCGUCUUCGUGGACGGGGCCUUCCAGCGGCGCGGCGCGCCCGCCCUGCAGCUGCCCAAACAGUGCACUUUUCGGUUCCCCAGCACGGCCAUCAAGAUCCAGUUCACAUCACUGUACCACCAAGAAGAGGCCCCGGCGUCGCCCCUCCGGCCACUCUACCCGCAGAUUUCCCCCCUGAGGAUCCACAUUCCGGAGCCGGACCUCCGGAGCUUGGUCAGCCCUGUCCCUUCCCCCACCGGCACCAUCAGUGUUCCCAACUCCUGCCCGGCCAGUCCACGUGGAGCCGGGUCCUCCGGCUACCGCUUUGUCCAGAACGUGACCUCGGACCUGCAGCUGGCAGCAGAGUUCGCUGCGAAGGCCGCCUCAGAGCAGCAGGCUGACACGUCUGGAGGGGACAGCCCCAAGGACGAGUCGAAGCCGCCGUACUCCUACGCGCAGCUCAUUGUGCAAGCCAUCUCCUCGGCGCAGGACCGGCAGCUAACACUAAGCGGCAUCUACGCCCACAUCACCAAGCAUUACCCCUACUACCGGACGGCCGACAAGGGCUGGCAGAAUUCUAUCCGGCACAACCUCUCCUUGAACCGCUACUUUAUUAAAGUCCCUCGUUCCCAGGAGGAGCCUGGGAAGGGGUCUUUCUGGCGAAUAGACCCUGCCUCGGAAGCCAAGCUCGUGGAGCAGGCCUUCCGGAAACGGAGGCAGAGGGGCGUCUCCUGCUUCCGCACCCCCUUCGGGCCUCUGUCGUCCAGGAGUGCUCCAGCUUCACCCACUCACCCAGGGCUGAUGUCCCCUCGUUCCAGUGGCCUGCAGACUCCAGAGUGCCUGUCUCGGGAGGGCUCCCCCAUCCCACAUGACUCUGACUUUGGUUCAAAGUUAGCUGCUGUUCCCGAGUACCGGUAUUCCCAAAGCGCACCCGGCUCUCCCGUCAGUGCCCAGCCCGUGAUCAUGGCCGUGCCUUCCCGACCUCCUAGUUUAGUGGCUAAGCCCGUGGCCUACAUGCCAGCAUCCAUAGUGACGGCACAGCAGCCCUCCGGCCAUGCGAUCCACGUCGUGCAGCAGGCCCCCCCUGUCACCAUGCUCAGGGUCGUCACCUCCUCCGCCAGCUCUGCCAAUGGGUACAUCCUCGCCAGCCAGGCCUCAGCAGGGGGCUCCCACGAAGCGGCGGGCACAGCUGUAUUGGACCUGGGCAGUGAGGCGAGAGGCUUGGAAGAGAAGCCCACCAUUGCGUUUGCCACCAUCCCUACCGCCAGCCGGGUCAUCCAGACAGUGGCCAGCCAGAUGGCCCCAGGGGUCCCCGGACACACGGUCACCAUCCUGCAGCCGGCCACCCCGGUCACCAUUGGGCAGCAUCACCUUCCGGUCCGGGCCGUCACUCAGAAUGGAAAGCACGCUGUCCCCACAAAUAGCUUAGCCAGCAGCGCUUACGCCCUCACGAGCCCCCUGCAGCUCCUUGCCGCCCAGGCUAGCUCGUCCACUCCGGUGGUGGUCACCCGGGUGUGCGAGGUGGGGCCCGAGGAGCCAGCAGCAGCCACCAGCACUGCCACCCCAGCCACCACUGCCGCCACUGUCUCUUCCACUGGGGAGCCCGAGGUCAAAAGGUCCCGGUUGGAGGAGCCCAGUGGGACUGUCACCACGCAGGCUGGGGUGAUCACGGCUGCCGGCCCACAGGGGCCUGGAACCGGGGAGUGAAGCCGCCCGCGUGGAGGUGGAGUGGAACGCACGCCUACAGGAACUCGGAGCUGCCAUCGUCGUCACUCGGGCCCAUGAUGACAGAGCUUCACACUGGCCGAAGCACGGUGCCAAGCGGGCAGGACGGCCUCCGUCUACCUGCACCUGGACACGCUUCCUGCUUGUCAUUUAUCCCCUGCUCCUGCUAUAGUUUAAGACAAACACGUAAACAGUUCAGACAGCGGAUUGUAAGAUUCUGGGAAUUCUUUGUUUCUCUUUCCUUCCUUUGCACCAUCUUUUCUCCCCAGGCCUUUUGUCAGAGGGCAUGGGGGAGAAGGUUGCGGCCCAGCGUCUCAAGGACUGGACCCCAGGCAGACCCAGCCACAAGCAGAGCCCAGGCUCCCAGAGCAGCCUUCACCCCGGGAGGACUGGACAGAAACGCAGCCUGGGACACAGGCCUCCCGAGGGACAGGACGAGGACGGGAUGCAUUCCUGUUUGUCGUCCAUUGGGAAUAGUCAAGAGAAAAACGAACUGUCACAUUUUGGACUGUGCUACGAUGUUUUCUCCCUAAAAUGGUGACACAGAAAGUACCAGAGUGGCAUUAAUCGGGGGGAGGGGAGGGAUCUGGUUUGGCUUUGGAUCCCAAAUAAUUCCUGCUUUGUUAAGACGUGGACUUCGGCUUAAUCAUAAAUCUGAAACAGACACAAAACGGAUCAUCUGUUUUUGAGGUUUCAUCUGUAGAUGGUGUCACAACUGUAGAUGUGGGUUCUUACUGGCCUUAGUCCCCUGGAAGAGUAAAGCUGCCCCACGUCUCUACCUUCAAGAGAGGUCGCCGGCUUCCUGGAUUGGUAUUGGAGGCAGAAUGCUGUGUGGGUCACAGGUCAGAGCCAGCGGGCUGCCGCAUCCUGCCCCUGAUGCUGGCUGCACCUGCCUGGCAGGGCCUCGGAAAAUUGGCAGCUGGGGCUCCUUGGGGAAGGCGGUCACCAACUGGACAUGUGGAUUUUCAUGGACGUGUUGCUUUAAAAACGAAGGGCGAGCCCUGUUUCUCUGUGGUUCUGACGCCCCGGCACCCCACGGCACACACAGCAGAGCACAGUCGCUCACUGCUUUUUCACUGAGUUCUCCACCCCAAGGCUCAGCUACUGUUCUAAAUCGGAACCGUCUCUUCUGCCCACAGCUGCGGGGGCCCCGGGGUCAGUCAGCCACUGGGCCCAGCUCUUGCUGACUUGGUUGGUCUUUUCUGUGACAUGGUGAGUGCCAAGGGCAGCACGCUCCGGCAGGGGGCACCAACUCCCCUGAGAGGGACCCCUGCACUUGCAGACGCCCUGCACCAAUUUGGAGCUGUCACCAGAGCAGGAAGUGAGCCUGAGCUGUCCUCUCACAGCCCAGUAUGGGGCCAGACUGUAGUCCUCCAGCUUCUCUUAGAGAACAUUCUCAGGAAACGGUUAAGUGCGUCCCUGUGCAAAGUGACUUUGAAAGUCCUCUAGACACCGGCGCUGGUUCUUCUGGUGGUGGACAGCUAGAAACAACCAACUGCAUGGCGCGCCGAAGGCCCAGCCAAACGGUUUUUCCCUACACGCAGCCUGUCCUCAGCAUUAGUCCCUCAAAGGCAAAGCUGCCUGCUCCUCCCUGAGCCCGAUGGCAGUGCCGCCAAGAGACGCGCGGCUUCUGUGGCCACCGAGAGGAAGAGCUGCCGGCCUUCCCGGCCUGGGGCCCGGCGGGACAGGAGCUGGCUCAGAGGGAAGGGGAAGCGUGGGACGCGGUUUUGAGGCAGUGCAGGCAAGGUUGGCUUACGUGGCGACCUGAGCUGGUCGGAGGGCAGCGUGGAAACGACCAGCUUCGUCGCACUGCCAGCAUUGUCCCCACACCCAGCCACCAUCGUCAGUCACCGGGGACAAGUGCAGAGCAUCCUCCGGUCCCCCUCCUCCUUCCUGGAAGUACCUGUUCUAUGUUCUUGAAGCCCCAAACCAGUCGUUUCUAUGGCACUAAACUUUAAAUGAGAAAUAAGCUCUUGGUGAAGUCUGCACCUCUUGCCUUCGGUGAGAUUCCAGAGGGAGGGGUGGGAUGAAAGCAGCUGGUGUGCCGUCCUCAGAUGCAGUCACCGUCAAUGAUGAGAAGUCACGCUCCAUUCCACAUUGACGUUAUCUGCUAUUUUAUGUGAACUGCUUUUAAAGUGUCUGGUGUGUGCGUGGGUGGGAGUGCAUGCGCGCGCUGGGCCGAGGCAGCCCCGGGCCUCCACUUCAAGGGUCUGUAACGAGGGGCUUUUGCGGUCACCUAUUGCUUCCCCUCCCUCCAUUAUCGUGUGUGGUGUGCUGCCGAGGGGGAAUAGCAUUAGCUCAUGGACCAGCACGACUGCACAGGUUGCCCCUUGGGGAAGCGGCCUUGUCUGCAGAGACGGACAGGACAGCCGGCCACAGGAUGAUGUCAGGCUUUGCCCGAUCUGAUUGGUCUGGCUCUGACCCUUUUCCUGACCUUUGAGGUGUUCUGGUUUUCUGUCCAUUUUCAGUGAUGAUCCCACUAUGUGGGCAAAGGUUCAAGGAGAAGGGAGUGGAGAGAGGUAGGUGAUUGGAAGAGGGCGCAGGAGAGGACAGAAGGUUCAUCGGUGACAUUCUGCCGCCUGGAGACCUUGUGCUGCUUUAGCUCAUGCUGGAGCUGAGAAGAGACGGGGGGGGGGGGGUCAGCUGAGGCUCCAGGCAGGCGGGAAGGAGGACAGGGCCUUGGGGGACUGCUCCUGGGUUCGCAGACAGCUCCUGGAGGGGCUUGCGGGCACUGAGCAGACAGCAGACUGGGCCUGUGCCAGCACUGGGCCUGGGCCUGGUGGCCAGAGGCCCAGGAAUGGCCAGCACCGCAGGAGGUGCGUGUCACAACGGGAGAGGCGGCCCGGUACCCUCAGAGCUGACCAAGCAAUGGUGUCCCCCAAACUCGUCCAUGGAAGCAGGAGUGCCAGGCUGGAAGUGGCCAGUGAGCUGUGGUCCUCAGAGUCUGGCGGCCGCUGACCUGCCACAAGCCUGGAUUGUAGAGGGUGGGCCAACCCAACAAGGUUGGGGGAAGCGAAGAUGAGUCAAUUCUGGCAUGAUCCUGGAGCCACUGCAGCCUCAGGGGUCCGAGAAGCUUCUUUUUGUCCCCCGGGUCUUGAGUCCACCUGAAGAGGUGAACCGGGACAAAGGGGCACUAGCUUCGGGCAGGGCCCAUAGGCCCUGCUGUAACCGCUCCCUCCGUCCGCGCCCUGCCUAGCCAGUCCCCACGCUUACCAGCACCCAGUGCAGAAACCACACUAUCUGCGUGGGAAGGAAGUCACAAAAAUAACUAUUUUUAAGUAGUUGAGCAUUUUCCACCAAGACAGUUUAGUGUAACGUUGGAAAUGAGAAGAUUGUGCCGAGAGCUCUCCCUGCUAGGACUGCUGCCGCCACUCGUGCCAGGGGCGUGGCGCCCAUCACCGCAGUGACCUCUGCAGCUCUCCCUGCUACGGUGGCCUUUGGCCUCCGUUAAGGGCACCGAGUCCACUACCCAGCGCCUCUGAGACUCCGACCACCCCUUUUCCCCUCCUGGCGAGCCACUCAGGCACCCAUGGUCCUGGCCUGCAGAUUCCCUCCCAGGUUCUGGCUUGUUCGUGUUUGGGAUUUGCUGUUUAUUUGUGUUUUCUUUUUCCUCUGUGUAAGAACCAAGCCAAAUGAAAAAGGUGAGAACAGAUUUCUGAGUCACUAAAAUGAGGCUUCGGGAUUCGCUGCUGGGAAGAAAUGGGUUUGCUGGAGCUUGCCUGUGGCUGGAGGGUGGCUGUCUCCCUGCCCCCAGGCCGCCUGUGUGUCGGUCACUCGGCUCCUGGUCCCUGCUCUUUACCUCCCUGGUCCUGCAGAGAGAUUGGUUUGAGAUCACCAGUAUCGUUCAGCUAAUGCUCUUAUUUCCACUAAAAAAAAAAACGGUCUGCAGAGGGCACGUUGCAAGAUCUAUGUGGACAGAAACCCCUUAUUGGUAACGCAGAGUCCAAACAGAGGAGAAGGCUUUUCUUUGGCUUUGGGGUCAGUUUCUUACUUUCUAGAGACAAAGAGCAGACCUCACUUAAAAAAUGAGAACCAACUCGAAUGUGAGAAUGUGUCUGAGAAGAAGAAAGGAUUUUUCCCAGAGCUUUUAGUGUAGUGAAUAAGUACAGUUGGUGCAGGUGAAUGACCUGUUUUCCUCCAAAAGCCUCAAAUUCUGCUUGCCCUGGAGUGACAUCAGCGAAGGACUGUCACCGUCUCGGGGUCCAUACCCAUGGCCCGGCCUCCAAGAGAACGCAGCUCCCCUGCGAAGGGCUCCUGGGCGCCACUGCACACGUGCUGCCUCUGUUUCCAUGCUGGGUAGACUGCACUACUUGUUCUAGAAUCAGUUGCCAAAAACGGUGGUGAGGCUCUGCCUGUAAAGAGAGCCCUGUCCACUCGUGGCUGCACAUCGGCAACAGGCCAGGCUCAGGCCGCUCGUCUGGGCCGCUGAGCGGCUGGCGCACUCCCGUUUGCCCGCAGCCUCUCUGCCUCCUUCACGAUACCUCUGCCUGGAAGCAAUGUUAUUUAAUAGAAUAACUUAAAUUAUUUCAUUGUGCUGCUAUGAAGAUGGGAUUGACCCAACGGCACCGCCGAGGCAAGGGCAGAAUUCACCCACAACGAUGGUCUCUUGCUGAGUUUCUGUCCGUUAUUUUCAGAUCGUUUUCCUGUAUUUUACAAAUUCCUUUUAUAAGUUCCUUUCUGGGGGCCUUGUUUCCACGUUAGGGUUUUAGAAGCGCUCUGGACGCGGCUUUCCACCCGCAUGCUCACAGCCCCAGGGGUACUGCCCGACUUCUGCUCCUUGCCUUUUCAUACCAAAAGCUGCUACCUUUGGUGUCCGAGGGAGGGCCUGGAAUCGGUGCUAUGGGACGUCUUGGUGGCACCCAGCCCCUGCGGGGUGGCGAGCUGCCUUGUCCCCCUCAGCCUGUGGUUUGGGGUCUACCUGGCUGUACAGGCAUUCGGUUGGCGUGAGGGUCCUGGAGCACCGCCGUCCUGCUCGGAACUGCUGCUUCCUCUGUCAUCCUUGUCACCCAACCCCAGGAGUUACAGCUACUUCGUAAAAUGGGAUUUGGGGGUACAACCCCAAGCAUUUCCUCUGAACCAAGAAGCCCAUUUCACUGACUGUAUUUAGGGAAAAUAGUUUUAUGUCAAAAAGAGAGGAAGAUCACUUGCUGAGCUGUCUUUACCCUGCAGGCUUCACAGGACUGUCUGGGGGUGUCUCUGCUGAGGGUUCUUUCUGGGCCAGUCCUAGCCCCCCUCUCCCAGGCUCAGGCCCGAGCUCAUCUCUGCUACUGGAGGCCAUUCCUUCAUCUGCCUGCAGAACCACGUCUGGGGGAAGGUCAGCAUGGAGGGGCUGCUGCCCAACUGGCCAGCCCAGCCGAGCGGAGUCCCCAGGCAUAACUAGAGGUGCUGCCUGGUGUGGGGCUGUGCUGGCUUCCUCCAGGGGUGGUGAGCAGGUUGAGGGGCACAAGGCAAUUAAGUAGUGAGAGGGCAGCAGGAUUUGUUAAGUGUGACGAACCUCCGUGCCUGCAUCACAUCAGUGAAUGUCUGUAGCAGCUGCUUGUGAGAAGCCAAGCUCCUGGUUGGAGAAUGUUCCCAGAAUGUCCAGCCCCAGCAGGUCAGUGACAGGAGACCCUCCUGCAGGGGGCUGUUAUCAGGAAGGACCAAGCAUUCACCAGGGCCAGCGUCUGCAUUGCACUUUUACACACGACUGAAACGAGAAUCUGAGUUCAUGAGCCUGGAGGGUCAUCCUAGUGGCUGGUUUGGGCUGCUCAUGAUUUUAGAAGAGAGUUAAGGGAGCACUCGCUUUAGUUCUGGGCAUCUUCCCAGGGAGAAACCCCACUCCAAGGAUUUCAUUCAUUCUUUGCCACCUGCUUGUCAUUCUUGUAGCAACUGGGAAAAUGAGAAGAAAACUUCUGGGGCCAGUGGGAGGCAGCAAACAUGUUUCUUUACUUUGGUUGACCAGGCGAAUGCUGGCUGUCCUGGACCCCCGCAACCCCCACCAGACCCCCUUGAACUGGCGUCUUCAGGUUACAUUUUCCAGAUUUUAGUCACCCAGUCGCUUCCAAGGGUGACUGAAGAGUGACUCUCACGUUUCUGUCAAAAGAGAAUUGGAAGAAUUCUGGCUCAUCAUUCUUUAUUAGGGGAUCUUUUCUGGAGUAGUUUGCUAAUUUGGCCCAUCCAAAUGUUCAUUGAUGGUUUACUCUGUGUCAGAAACAAUAAAAGGUGUCGGGGAGGUCAGGCCUGAGUGGGACGUGGCCACUUAGCCUUUCAACAUGCCCCAGUGAUGUUUAAGUGGCCUGGUGUAUUAAAAAGAUGUGUGUUUUAUGCAAAGACUUCCCUUACCUGCAGUAAAUAGGACUUGCUCUUCUGAGUUAUUGCCCAGAGUCCCAAGGAGCGUCAUGGCCUGUCCCCUGAACGUGUGGCUGAGCAGGAAUGAGGUCUGUGGCUCUGAAAUGGACUUUUUCCCCUUGCCUGGCUGAAGGAUAUUAAACUGAGCCUGUGGCCUCUUAAGCUCUACAUUUAGGAGUUAACUGGUCCAGAUUUUUGUUUUUAAUCAGUAAAAAUGGGAUUU